AUGGCUUUUGGCGAACUCCUGGAGCAAGUUGGUGGCAUGGGACGCUUCCAGCUCAUCCACACUCUGCUCCUCACCAUCCCUGUCUUGUUCAUGGCCAGCCACAACCUUCUCCAGAACUUCACUGCUGCUAUUCCAGGACAUCACUGCCAGGUUCGCGUCACCCCCAAUGGCAGUGAGUACCCCAAUACCACCCAUCUGCUAGGAACUGGCGAUCUUCUCAGAGUCAGCAUCCCUGUGGACAGCAAGCAGCGGCUGGAAAAAUGCCGGCGCUUCACCCAUGCUCAAUGGUAUCUUCUUGACACAAAUGCCACCACGGAGAGCCAGAUGGAAACGGACACCGAGCCAUGCACCGACGGAUGGGUCUACGACAGAACUCAGUUCGCAUCGACGGUCGUUACUGAGUGGGACCUGGUGUGCGACCGGCGGAAACUCCGGGAGAUGGCGCAGUCCGUGUACAUGGCGGGGGUGCUGAUCGGCGCGCUGGUCCUGGGCGGGCUGGCUGACAGAUUUGGCCGUAAAGCACUCACAAUCUGGUCCUUCCUCCAAAUGGCUGUGACGGGGAUAUGCACAGCUUUUUCACCCAAUUUUGUCUCCUACUGCGUCUUCCGCUUCUUGAAUGGCAUGGCACUCUCAGGAUUCGGCCUCAGCAUUGCCUGUUUGGUGGUGGAGUGGAUUCCCACCCAGUACCGGACGAUCACCAUCGCUGUCACUGGGUUGUCCUAUACGCUGGGACAAAUCCUCCUUGCUGGCUUGUCCUACUGCAUCCGUGACUGGCGUUGGCUACAGGUGGCCGUUUCAGCUCCCUACUUUCUCUUUCUCCUGUAUUCCUGGUGGUAUGCUGAAUCGGCUCGCUGGCUGAUCCAGUCAGGACAGGCCAGUAAGGCAGUUGGUGUUCUCCAGAGGGUUGCCAGGAUCAAUAAAAAGCAGGAAGCUGGAACAAGAAUCACCACGGAGGUUUUGCUUUCCAGCAUGGAAAAGGAACUUGCUUCGUGCAAAUCCACUUACACUAUUUCCGACUUGGUGCGCACCCCGACCAUCCGUCGCAUCUUCUGCUGCCUCUCCAUGGUGUGGUUCUCUGUCAGCUUCUCCUAUUACGGGCUGGUCAUGGACCUCCAGAAUUUUGGGGUCAGCAUCUAUGUCAUCCAGGUGAUCUUCGGAGCGGUGGAUUUGCCGGCCAAAUUGAUUGUCACCAUCUCCAUGAGCUACAUUGGGCGGAAGUUCAGCCUCACAGCCUUCCUCAUUUCCGCUGGCGUCAUCAUCAUCACCAACUUAUUUGUGCCCUUGGAGAUGCAGACGUUGCGCACAACGCUGGCUGUCAUUGGCAAAGGAUGUCUGUCGGCGGCUUUCAACUGUGUCUUCCUUUUCACAACAGAACUCUACCCAACCCCUGUCAGACAGACCGGGCUCGGUUUCGGCAGCACGAUGGCCCGAGUAGGGGGCAUGGUCUCUCCGCUGGCUAAAAUGUUGGAAGACUAUUACGCCUUCCUCCCUCCCAUUGUAUAUGGAGUGAUUCCCAUCUCAGCUGGAAUUAUUGCCUGCUUCCUGCCUGAGACUUUGAACGUCCCGUUGCCGGAUACAAUAGAAGACGUUGAGAACAGAUCAAAAAAGAAGAACGAGGAAGAAAUUGCACAAGAGAAAAUUCUGCUUCAGAGUCAGGAAAAGUUUUUGUUCAAAGAGACUUGCUGACUUCGCCUGCAGUUUGACUCUGGAAAUAAAGUUCUUGGAUCUGCAUUUACCAAAUGUGGAAAAUGUGACAUUUUUGGACAUUUUUCCAAGCACUUAAAAAAAAAUAGACGGUUGUUUUGGUUAUUUGUUGCCCUUUUCUCGUAUUCUACCUGGGCCCUGGAUCAAGUAUGGGUGGUCUGUGAGCUAAGCCACCCUCACUGGGAGGACUCAGUGCUGUAAUAAUAAUGAUGGGGAGUGCCUUCUGAACAUGUGCAGAGUAUAUUUCCAAAAAUCAACUCUUUAAUUGUCAGGGACUUCUCCUUUUAGACAGGAGCCCCAAGCUACCCGGUUUUUUUGUGCAGACCUAUAAUUCUUAGCAGUUUUUCUUGUUUUUUCAAACUGAAGUCACGAGUUUAGGAGUUUUUCCUGAUCUUCUUACCUGCCUGCAAUUAAAUGGUUUGUUUUUGCAAUGUUGAGGAUUGAGCUCAAGAGCAACUUCUAAUAACUCCAUGGAUACAACCAUGAAGGGUUUUUUUGGUAAACAAAUAGUUUGGUUAAUUGUCUUCUUCUUCUCUGUUUUUUUUUAAACUUCCCAGAUGGGUCCUCCUGGUGAUCUCCCAUCCAAGUAUUAACUGAGUCUGGCCCUGCUUAGUUUUUGCAAAACACAAAUGCCUUCAGUUGUCAAAAGGUGGUUAACUUUUCAGCUCUGGUUAAGUGCCAUAUCCGGUGAUGCCAGCCAUAAAAUAAACCUACACUUUUGCUAGUUUGCAAACAUAGCUUCUAGGCCACUAAGGGGGGAUGCCUUCCUCCAGCUCUCCACCAUCUCUCCAAGAUGGCAGUCAAUGGCUCAGAUAUGCCAAGAAGGCAUUGGUCACGUGCCUGCAUGGAAAUCUCCAUCUCCUCUGGCUAGCAGGGAAGUUAAUAAAUGGCAGAACUUGCUUUGUUGCCUGGGCUGGCAAAAUAAGUGGAAUAAAGUCCAUUUUUCCAAUCAC